ACCGGUUGUAAUCGUUUCGUUUCGUGUAAAUUACGAAUGUUGUUUUAUGAGACCGAAUUGUUGUAACCAUUUUUGGAGGUGGAAUUCUUCCAUAAUUACAGCGGACAGGUGACAGUCUCACUGGAAUUAUAAAGAUUUGACAAUAGUGAUUUUGUUAAUGGAAAUUAGUGAAAUAUACAUUUGAGAAGUGGUGAAUCUGUGGAUACUGUUGAUAACUGGAAACGGUAACAAGGAUAUACUCGUAUUGCGCGUAAUUUUUGUGCAAUUCUGUGUUUCUGUUUUAAGUGAUUUGUAAAAUAUCCAGGAGGUGCGCUUAACUGACAAAUAAGUAGCAAAUAAAUAUUAUAGGAAUGAUGUCAAGUAGUACAACGCAUUCAUCUACUGUGCCUUUACGACCCCCACAGGAUGGGACAAUAUCACGACCAAGAGCCGUUUAUAGUAUUGACCAAAUUUUAGGCACACAAAAUCGUCAUAGUGCUCUUUCGGAGUCAGAACCAGUUAGUAAACACGACAAUUCAUCAGAAGAUAUGGAAAGUGGUAUUGAUGUUGAUAAUGAUGAUGAUAUGCGAACAGUUAGUGAUCAUGAAGCAGGAGAUCAAGAUCAAAAUGAUAUGGGACGACCUAGGAAAAUUCGAAGAUCUAGAACAACUUUUACAACAUUUCAACUACAUCAAUUGGAAAGAGCCUUCGAGAAAACGCAAUAUCCUGAUGUCUUUACAAGAGAAGAAUUAGCCUUGAGAUUAGACUUGAGUGAAGCACGAGUUCAAGUGUGGUUUCAAAAUAGACGAGCAAAAUGGCGAAAAAGGGAAAAGGCAUUGGGACGAGAUACUAAUGGAUACCUGCAUCAUGAACAAGGUUUGCCAGAUUUCCCAUUGCCAAUACCAAUACCUCACAACAUACCCGGCCAUCCACCUGGACUUCCGGCGGAAUUUUGGUCACCGAACUUUGCCCUUCACCCGCCUUUCAACCCAGCUCUAAUACCACAAAAUCUAAUACCCCAAUAUAAACUACCCAAUUUCCAUACGCUGCUUUCACAGUACAUGGGGCUGAAUAAUUUGGGAGGAAUUUUUGGUUAUCCACAAAAUCUUGCAGUCAAUCCAAGAAUAAGUCCUCAAUCAAGUCCUAGAGAAAGUCCACCACAGCUGAAGAACGAGGAGUAGAGAUGAUGCUUAUCUAGAUCUUAAAGAAAUUAUGUAAAUUUUAAUGUAAAUAAACAUUGAAUAGUCAUUAAGAGAUGAUUAAUGUCGCUGUUAGUCAACAAUAGACAAUAGGAAACAGGCACUCAACAGUAUUCCUUUCAUAGUUUUGUAAAUGUUUUUUCCCAAAGAAUAAAGGCUUCAGUUUUGAGGUUUUCUUCAAAUGCUACAGGAUUCAUUUGGAUGCGAUUAAUAGUGGAUGCUAUUCACAAUAAAAAGGCGAAACUAAAUCCGAAAUGUAAAGGGUACCUCUGCUAUGAUAAUGUUUAACCAUUUCACUAUGCAAAAAUCUAUUUGAUUACCAGGAAAAGAUAUUACUUAUUGUCACUGUUGUUUACUUUCCCCAAUAGUCUCCCACAUUUGAUGAAACCAAUUUAGAUAGAACUAAUUUAUUUAAACUCCAUAGAGGAAAUAUAUCCAUGUUGAUUCAAAGUUAUUAUGGAAAAUUGUGAAAAGAUAUUUUUUAGGUAUUUACUACAAUUAAUGUAUAAGUCCACCUUUUCUAAGGAGGUGCCCUAAACAUACUUUACUUUUACAUCUAUCCAAAUAAUAAUCAGGACAUUUUCAACGUUUAUAAUAAACUCAAUGAAUUUUAAUCUACAAUUUUUAGCCUUAUUCUUUUAAAUUGGCAAAAGAAGAUGAAUCAAUCCAUCAAUAUUAUCUAAAGCUACUCUACAAUAAACACGGAGAUUAUAAUUCACUAAUUCUUAGAUGAGAAAUUAUAAAAUGUAAUUAGGAUCAUAACUUAAUAUUAAAUAAUAGUUGACGAAUGGCUGUAAAUAUCAUUAACGAAUAUUUAUAUAAUGAUGAUAACGAAUUUAGUGAGAAUGUCAAAGUAUCAGAUUUUAAUUUACAAAAGGAAUCUGUUUAUUUGGAAAUUAUGACAUAAAAUAUUGUAUCAGUAGUAAUCAAAAUAAUGUUUUGAAAAUGUAGUGCGAUUCUGUUAAAAGAAGAUUUACAAAAAUAUCUAUACA